AUGAAUAUAAGUAGUAUUAAGUGCCAUUUUGAUGAAUUGUUGGUAUUAUUAAGUACUUCAGUGGUAAAUGUUGAUAUUGUUGUUUUAUAUGAAACUUGGCUUUUAAAUGAUGUAAAUUUUUUUAUUAAUGGCUAUCAAUCUUUUAAUUCACUUGGUGUAAACAAUAAGUCUGAUGGUGUUACUCUUUUUAUUAAGAAUAGUUAUCAAGUUAAAAAUUACAAUACUAGAGUGCCCGAUACUAGUGAAACAUCAUCAAGUCAACAGAGGAUUCAACCUCGCCCUGGUCCCGUUUUUGAUGGUCCCCAAAGUAUUGAGACUGUUUCAGAGUGUUUGCCUAAAUACAAACCUGACUUAGAAGCUAAACAGAAGAUUUUACGUACGAAACUGACUGCAUUACGGCCUCGAAGAGUGAAAAUGGAAUUAGAAGUUUCGAGAUCAGAAAUAUUUGAAGAGUCAUAUCGAGCUGUCAUGAAUAUGCCACCAAAGGACCUACGAAAACGAUUGAAUAUCAAGUUCCGGUGUGAAGAAGGUCUUGAUUAUGGUGGUGUAGCAAGAGAGUGGUUUUAUUUAUUGUCCCAUGCGAUGCUUAAUCCCGAAUUUGGAUUAUUUCAAUACUCCGGAGAAGGCAAUUAUACUUUACAAAUAAAUCCGGACAGUUCAAUUGAUCCAGUAUGUUUUAUUUACAAUUUAGAACACCUAUCUUAUUUCCAUUUUGUUGGUCGUAUAAUUGGAACCGCUAUUUUUCAUGGACACUUUAUUGAUGGAGGAUUUACAACCCCUUUUUAUAAAAUGUUGCUAAACAAAUCAAUUACUCUGGAAGAUAUAGAAGGAGUAGAUCCUGAAUUACAUCGUAGUCUCACAUAUAUAUUGGAAAAUAAACUUGAUAAAGAUAUAAUUGAUACUACUUUUGCGGUCGAAGAAAGUAGCUCUGGUGUAUUAAAAUUGCAUGAGCUCAAAACUGGUGGACAAAAUAUUCAGCUCACAGAAGAUAAUAAAAAAGAAUAUGUCGAAUUAUACGUGACGUACAAAUUUAUGAAAAGAAUUGAACAACAGUUUUUGGCAUUGCAAAAAGGCUUAACUAAAGUAGUUCCUGGAACAUUGCUAAAGCCUUUUGAUGAACGUGAGAUUGAAUUAAUUAUCAGUGGAAUUGGCACCAUUGAUAUUGAAGAUUGGAAGCGUAAUACUAGGCUCAAACAUUGUGAAUCAGAUAUGCCUGUGGUGAAAUGGUUUUGGGAAAUAAUUGAACAAGACUAUAGUCAAGAAAUGCGUGUCAGGCUGUUAAAAUUUGUCACUGGAAGUUCUAGAGUUCCUUUUCAAGGUUUUGAGGCACUUGAAGGGUCAACUUUAGAACGUGGGCCUUGUUUGUUUACCAUACACUUGACUGAUGUACCUACUGAUAAUCUCCCCAAAGCGCAUACCUGCUAUAACCGUCUUUAUUUGCCAAAAUAUGAGAGUAAACAAAGAUUGCUUGACAAACUCAGCCAAGCAGUUGAUGAAACUUGUGGUUUUACGGUUAAAUAG